ACUUCACUUUCCCCAGCCAAAUCCUCGCUCCGCUCCGCCGGGGCUCCGACCGCGCCGCAAAUGGAUCCGGCGGCGGCGCUCUGGGCCAUGGACGAGCUCGUGGAGCAUAUCCUCCUCCGCUGCCCGGCGGACGACCCCGCGCGCCUCGUCCGCGCCGCCCUCGUCUGCAAGCGCUGGUGCCGCAUCCUCGCCGGCGCCGGCUUCCGCCGCCGGUUCCGUGAGCUCCACGGCUCGCCCCCGAUGCUGGGCUUCCUCCACCGCUCGUUCCCGUUCCCACCUCGCGACGGCGCCCAGUGCGGCUUCGCGUCCACCACCUCCUUCCGCGCCACCAACGCCGACCUCGGCGGCCGCCACGCGCUCGACUCCCGCCACGGCCGCGUCCUCAUCGGCCGCCUGCCGAAGGUGGGGGACCACUCGGACAGCCGCCUGGCCGUCUGGGACCCCAUCACGGGCGAGCAGCUGGAGCUGCCCGAGCCGCCGCCGUGCCGCGGGAGGCCCCUGCUCAAUUGGAACGCGGCGGUGCUCUGCGCCUCCAGCCAGGACGGCGCCUGCGACCACCUCGACUGCCACCGUGGGCACUUCCUGGUCGUCGUUGUGGGCACCAACAUUUUGGUGCACUUUGCCAUCGUCUACUCGUCCGAGGAUGGGGCUUGGAGCAAGCCGACCUACGCUUUCCAGCCAGAUGACACUAUUGUCCAUUUGGAGGAGUCGGAGCCCAGUAUCCUCGCCGGUAAUGCACUCUACUUCAUAUCUGCGAAUGAGACGGACUUGCGCAGCAGGAUCCUCAAGUACGACCUGGGCACAUCGAUGUUCGACACGAUCCGCCUGCCGCCUAGCACCUCUCGCUAUAGGAAGAGUGUUAUGCUCACAGCUACAGAGAACGGUGGGUUGGGAUGUGGCAUAGUGGAGCAUUCAAGACUCUGCUUGUGGUCGAGGGUGGCUGGUCGUCCUAACGAGCAUUGGGUAUGGGCGCAAACCAGAGUCAUUGAGCUGGAGAAGAUCAUCCCUGAUGAUGACAUCUUGAUGUCAUAUCAUCUUGCUGGCUAUGCACAUGGCCUUGAUGUCCUUUUCAUAAUGAGGUUUGAUGGGUUAUUCAGUGUUGAUCUAAAGUCUGGCCGAAUGAAGAGGGUGUGCAGGCGCGAAGGCAUCUACGGUGUCGUUCCCUACAUGAGCUUCUGCACUCCAGCACUGAGAGUGAUCUCUACGGGGGAGGGACCAAGUGCGGGAGUGUCAAGUGCAUGAAGAACUCUGGUUUCUAGCGAAAGGUAUUCUAAAUAAAAAAAAGUGCCUAAUGUUGAUCAUAGAUGACAUAUUUGGUCUUUGUUGUGGACAGAAAUAUUUUAUGAUCCAUCUUUUUGCUGCUGCUCUAUUCAUAUUUUCAUGUUCUUAGUAGUUUCUAGUCUCUCUCAUAUGCUCAUGGAUGUAAGGCUAGAAGCUGUCUGGUUGGUGUGUGAAGCUUCUUGGGUGCUUCUGUAAGGUGGUAACCUCAGCAGGAUCUUCUCUGUUGUUCUUGAAAUUUGGCUUGCAAUCUGAGUUAGAA